AUGGCUUUAAAUGAAACAGCUCAUGAAGCAGCAAAUGUACCCGAUUUGAUCACUUCAGGAAUAAAUGUUAAUGAUAUGAUGUACCAUAUACCUUACGAAUUUGAAGUCAUUAACGAAGAUGUAAACAACUACUUUCAAGAUCCCUUUGAUAAUCAGGGUAUUAACGUUAAGUCGCUUUCCUUUGAACUUAAAGAUAAUUCUGAUCCUAGGUUUAUACCAUCUCAAAAAGAAGCGUAUCAACAAGACGACUCGGAAUACUCAGAUGAAGAACAAAAUAAAAACAAUCCAGAUACGAGAACAGCUAAAAAGAAAAGGAAGAAAAAAACCAAUAGUGAAUUAUGGGAUAAAAACGUUAACAAAAGAAAAAGAAUGAUGGGAGAAGAGUACGUUGGAUACACAAGGUCUAAAGAUGGGACAGUUAAAGAUGAUACAAAAAGAAACAAAAGAAUGCUCUUACCUAAAUGAUGCAGUGAAACAAAUGAAGAUUAUAAUUCAGAUGUAGAUCCGGACUUUAUUCCAAGUGAUUCUGAUUCCGAAAUUCAUGCGGAUCCCAUUCAACAGCCUACCAAGAAUACUCUACCAUCAAUGUAUCCAUACUCGGAUACAGAUUCUGAUGAUGAAAUUACAGUAGAAAAUACUGGUGUAGCAAAAGAUAGAGUAAACGAUGCUUCAUCUUUAUUAUUAGAAUUUAAGAAUAUUAAUAACGAUAUUGAACUAAUGUCUGACGAUAUUGCACUAGAUGAACUCGACAAAGAACUUGAUACAUUUGAAACAAAAUUUUAUAUUGCUAUAGCUACAGCAAAAUUAUUAUUAAAAGAUCAUGGCGAUUCCGCUUCUCAACGUUCGAAACGAACUUGCCAAGAACCAGCGUGUGAAGUGGGAGUUACCAGCAGUUCAUCUCCAGACAUUCACUUAAACACAUCGUAA